AUGGCAAAAUCACUUUCCCUCCUCAUAAUUUCAUGGCUAUUAAUGAUCAACAACAUUCCAAUUUCUCGAGCACGCAAAGGUACGAUUACGAACAAUACAUUUCCUAGUCAAAUCGAAUCGUAUCCCAAAUUGAUGAACAAGAUCGACUCGUGUUGGAGAUCGGACUCCAAUUGGGCCUUAAACCGAAAAUCACUAGCCGAUUGCGCUAUCGGAUUCGGCAGCAGUGUUAUCGGUGGCAAAAACGGGCCCAUAUAUGUCGUGACUGACCCGUCUGACGACGCAAUCAACCCCAAACCAGGCACACUCAGGUUCGGCGCAAUCCAGAACCGUGCCCUGUGGAUCGUUUUCCAAAAGGAUAUGGUUAUCACGCUUAAAAAUGAGCUUAUGUUGAAUAGCUACAAGACCAUAGACGGUCGAGGAGCUAGGGUAGAAAUAUCGGGCGGGCCGUGCAUCACCAUCGAAGGCGUGAGCCACGUGAUAAUACAUGGGAUCAGUAUUCACGACUGCAAGCCUGGAAAACCAGGCCUGGUCCGGAGUACUCCGGACCACGUCGGGCAUAGGCUCGGUUGCGAUGGAGACGCGAUCAGUGUUUUUUCGUCCUCGAAUGUUUGGAUCGACCAUUGUUACUUGGCCCGGUGCGCGGACGGCCUAAUCGACGUCACGCAUGCAUCGAAUUUCGUGACUAUUUCCAAUAACUACUUCACUCAACAUGAUAAGGUGAUGUUGUUUGGACAUAGAGAUGAUUAUACAGCUGACAAGAUCAUGAAAGUGACUGUGGUUUAUAACCAUUUUGGUCCUGGAUUAAUACAAAGGCUGCCGAGGGUUAGAUUUGGGUACGCCCAUGUAGCUAACAAUAGGUAUGACGAAUGGCUGAUGUAUGCAAUUGGAGGGAGUGCAGACCCAACGAUACUUAGCGAGGGCAAUUAUUUUGUGGCACCCAAUCAGGAUUAUGCAAAGGAGGUUACGAAACGGGAGACUAACCAUGGUUGGAGGAGCUGGAAAUGGAGAUCAACUAAAGACGUGUUUGUAAAUGGCGCUUUCUUUGUGCCGUCAGGUUGGGGAAGUUGUGCCCCUAAUUACUUGAAAUCGCAAUUGUUUGAGGCUGCCCAAGGAUCUUUGGUCCCAGCCUUAACAUCUGAUUCUGGCCCUCUAAUUUGUAUGCCUUAUAAAAAAUGUUGA